AUGACAUCAUCUGCUCAAUACAUCAAUACAGCUACUGCCAACACAUAUUAUCAAAUGUCAUAUCCUCCAAACGCGCAACAACAUGUGGUAUACAGGUACAACCCUUACCAACAACCGCAACCACAACAUAUACAGCAUGUCCAAACUAGUAUUCCACAGCACCAACCAAUAUAUUAUAGUACAUCAGGUAGCGGAUAUGUUUCCGCUGUAUAUCAACAGGGGUCAAGCACACCAGUUACUGCCAGUAGAAUGAGCCAAAGCAGUGCUAGUGGUAAUGCGGCUGUGGGGAAUGGGAGCACAGUUAUUACCCAAGGGUCUGGCUUAGUAUCAACUACACCUCAAUAUACAACCUCCACCUCAAUUAAUGCUCUAAAUCAAGCACACCACGUUUACCCAUAUCGCUCUUCUCCAACCUAUCCUACAAUAAUACCGGCUGGCCAGAUAGGCAGCGGAUCAAGACAUAACUCUGCAUCGGAGAUAAGAUCAUCCAUAGUGGGACAUCAACAACCAACACAUUUAACCAUCGCUGCUAUCCCAGACUCCCAACAACAUCAUUCUCUGCGGGUACUUUCAUCUGCAGUCGCUGGAGAUGGUAAGGGUCCAAGAAUAAUAACUACUAUAUGGGAAGAUGAGAACACACUUUGCUAUCAAGUAGAGGCUAAUGGCGUGUCGGUGGUUCGUAGAGCGGACAAUGACAUGAUUAACGGAACUAAGCUACUUAAUGUUACUAAGAUGACCAGAGGUAAAAGAGACGGUAUACUUAGAAGUGAAAAGUAUAGAAAGGUGGUAAAGAUAGGCUCUAUGCAUUUAAAAGGUGUCUGGAUUCCCUUCGAGAGGGCACUAUUCAUUGCCAAGAGAGAAAAAAUAGUCGACCUAUUGUAUCCUCUUUUCGUGAGAGAUAUCACAAGCGUCCUAAAAACCUCAUUAAAACCAUCUAGUCUAGUCAUUCCUAUGCAAGAUAAUACAACUGUAACAUCCAAGAUUUAUCAACUUCCGGCAAGCAAUCACGUAAUAAGUAAUGCUACACAAUCUUCUUCUGUACAUGAUGGGUACCACUCUCCAACUUCUCAUGUUAGAAUGAUACCGAAAAUCGAGGAACAGCAACACUCGCCAACUUCUACAUCUCAUCAAUAUGUUAGACUUCCAACUAUCAUUAAAAGAGAAGAUGAAGAAAGACCAAUACUGAAAUCAUCAUCAUCAACACCUCCAUUAAUCAAGUCUGAAGAUAACGAUUCUAGCUGGGAUUCUAGAAGAGCUUCAAAAUCAGAUGUAACAAAGAUUUCCUCUCUUAUUAACUCCUCCACGUAA